AUGAAUGAUCUUAAGUUAACUGAACAACAAGUUGAAGCAUACACAUUGUUUGAGAUUGAAAGUAUCAUGCUGAAGAUGGGAAAAAGUUUGAAAGAUAUAGAUGGAAUGCCCCUGCCUAAUCCAUCUUUGAUAAGAGACUUGGUCUUGCCUGUAGCAACUUCAGACAUAGCUGCUUUGUUAUUGCCUAAUGUUAGGACAGCUCAUUCACGAUUUCAUAUUCCCUUGAAUGUUACAGUAGAGUCGACUUGUGAAAUUCAACAAGGCACCCUACUAGUUGGACUUCUUGUGAAAACUUCUUUGAUCAUUUGGGAUGAAGCACUUAUGGCAAAUAAGUUCUGCUUUGAAGCUUUGGAUAAGACCUCAAGAGAUAUUCUAAGAACAAGGUUUGAAAACAAAACUAACAAACCUUUUGGAGGACUUACAAUAGUAUGUGGUGGUGAUUUCUGA